GUAUUGACAUAACACUGUGUUAACAAUGCAUCCACAGAGCUUGGCUGAAGAGGAAAUAAAGGCAGAGCAGGAGGUGGUGGAGGGGAUGGAUAUCUCCACUCGAUCCAAAGAUCCUGGCUCUGCUGAACGCACAGCACAAAAAAGGAAAUUUCCUAGCCCUCCACAUUCCUCUAACGGCCACUCACCACAAGAUGCAUCAACAAGUCCUAUAAAAAAGAAAAAGAAACCUGGUCUAUUGAACAGUAACAAUAAAGAGCAGUCAGAACUAAGACAUGGUCCGUUUUACUAUAUGAAGCAGCCACUCACCACAGACCCUGUUGAUGUUGUACCACAGGAUGGACGGAAUGAUUUCUAUUGCUGGGUUUGUCAUCGGGAAGGCCAAGUCCUCUGCUGUGAGCUCUGCCCUCGGGUUUAUCAUGCUAAGUGUCUGAAACUGACAGCGGAACCAGAGGGGGAUUGGUUUUGCCCAGAAUGUGAGAAAAUCACAGUUGCAGAAUGCAUAGAAACGCAGAGUAAAGCUAUGACAAUGCUCACCAUAGAACAGCUAUCGUACUUACUGAAGUUUGCACUACAGAAAAUGAAACAGCCAGGGACAGAGCCAUUUCAAAAACCAGUUUCACUGGAUCAACACCCAGAUUAUGCAGAAUAUAUCUUUCAUCCAAUGGACCUUUGUACAUUAGAGAAGAAUGUUAAGAAGAAGAUGUACGGUUGCACUGAAGCAUUUUUGGCUGACGCCAAAUGGAUUUUGCACAACUGCAUUAUUUACAAUGGGGGAAAUCACAAAUUGACACAAACAGCAAAAGUCAUCAUCAAAAUCUGUGAGCAUGAGAUGAAUGAAAUUGAAGUAUGUCCGGAAUGUUAUUUAGCUGCUUGCCAAAAACGAGAGAAUUGGUUUUGUGAGCCUUGUAGCAAUCCCCACCCUUUGGUCUGGGCUAAACUCAAAGGCUUUCCAUUCUGGCCUGCUAAAGCACUGCGGGAUAAAGACGGCCAAGUCGAUGCCCGUUUCUUUGGCCAACACGACAGGGCCUGGGUUCCAAUAAAUAAUUGCUACCUCAUGUCUAAAGAAAUUCCUUUUUCUGUGAAAAAGACUAAGAGCAUCUUCAAUAGUGCAAUGCAAGAGAUGGAGGUUUAUGUGGACAACAUCCGCAGAAAAUUCGGAGUGUUUAACUACGCCCCUUUCCGGACACCCUACACUCCCAACAACCAGUACCAGAUGUUGUUGGACCCUGCAAACCCAACUGCUGGAACUGCAAAGACAGACAAACAAGAGAAAAUCAAGCUCAACUUUGAUAUGACAGCAUCACCCAAGAUUCUAAUGAGCAAGUCCAUGCUGAGCAGUGGUACUGGGCGUAGGAUUUCCUUAACAGACAUGCCGCGGUCACCCAUGAGUACAAACUCCUCUGUUCACACAGGCUCUGAUGUUGAGCAGGACGCUGAGAAAAAAGCAACUUCCAGUCAUUUUAGUGCCAGUGAAGAAUCCAUGGACUUUAUUGAGAAAAACACAGCUUCUCCAGCACCAACACGAACAGGUCAAGCAGGGAGCUUGUCAGGCAGUCCCAAACCUUUCUCUCCUCAAGCAUCAACACCAAUUUCUGCUAAGCAAGAAAGGACCUCCACACCAGGAAGCAUUCUGAAUCUUAAUCUUGAUCGUAGCAAAGCUGAGAUGGAUCUGAAGGAGCUGAGUGAGUCAGUCCAGCAGCAAACCACUCCUGUGCAGCUCAUCUCACCAAAACGACAGAUUCGCAGUAGGUUCCAGCUUAACCUUGACAAGACAAUAGAGAGCUGUAAAGCACAGCUUGGAAUAAAUGAAAUAUCUGAAGCUGUUUAUACUGCAGUAGAACACAGUGACUCUGAAGAUUCUGAAAAGUCUGACACCAGUGACAGUGAAUAUAGUGAUGAGGAUCAGAAAUCAAAGAAUGAUCAAGAGGAUGGAGAGGACAAGGAAGGUGCAAGAAGUGACAAAGAAUCUUUGAGCUUGAAAAAAAAACCUAAACUCCCAGCACAGAAUGAAGACAAGGAGGAACUUAAAAGCACAAGUCCAGAAGUGGAGAAAACAGAUGAUGCAGUCAAGGAGAAGGCAAUUGCAGACCCUGACAAAGACUUCUGUGAAAAGGCUAAAGGUUUACAGCAUACUGCAAAAGAAAAAUUGAAAGGUAAAGAUGAAACAGACUCUCCAACUGUGCAUCUAGGACUGGACUCUGAUUCUGAGAGUGAACUUGUCAUCGACCUGGGAGAUGAUCAUUGUGCCCGUGAAGGAAGGAAGAGCAAGAAAGAAUCUAAAGAGCCUCCUCCUAAACAAGACGGUAAAACUCCACCUUCCUCUAGUGCCAGCACCCAGCCUCUACCAGAAACUCCAGUCCUUACCCGCUCUGCAGCCCAGACUCCACCAGCCGGUGUGACGGCAACUACCAGCGCUGCUUCUACUGUUAGUGCUCCAGCUGCAGCCACUGGCAGCCCUGUGAAAAAGCAGAGGCCUCUGCUGCCCAAGGAAACUGCCCCUGCGGUGCAGCGUGUAGUGUGGAAUUCCUCCAAUAAGUUUCAGACUUCCUCUCAGAAAUGGCACAUGCAGAAGGUGCAGAGGCAGCAGCAACAGCAGCAGAGCCAGCAGGCUCAGUCACAGCAACCUCAGUCCUCUCAAGGGACAAGAUAUCAGACAAGACAAGCAGUUAAAGCUGUGCAGCAAAAAGAGAUCACCCAGAGCACUUCCACAUCCACUAUAACCUUGGUUACAAGUACUCAGCCCAUUUCUAUGGUUACCAGUUCUGGAUCUGCAAGUACCCUUUCUUCCUCACUUAACACAGACUUGCCCAUUGCAACAGCUUCAGCUGAUGUGGCUGCAGACAUUGCUAAAUACACUAGCAAAAUGAUGGAUGCCAUCAAAGGAACCAUGACUGAAAUAUAUAAUGAUCUCUCCAAAAACACCACUGGAAGUACCAUAGCUGAGAUUCGGCGCCUGAGGAUCGAGAUAGAGAAGCUCCAGUGGUUACAUCAACAGGAGCUCUCAGAGAUGAAGCACAACCUAGAGCUGACAAUGGCUGAAAUGCGCCAGAGCCUAGAGCAGGAGCGAGAUCGUUUGAUUGCGGAGGUGAAGAAGCAGCUGGAGCUGGAAAAGCAGCAAGCAGUGGAUGAAACUAAAAAGAAGCAGUGGUGUGCUAACUGCAAGAAAGAGGCCAUCUUCUACUGCUGUUGGAACACCAGCUACUGUGACUAUCCCUGCCAACAAGCUCACUGGCCUGAGCACAUGAAGUCUUGCACACAGUCAGCUACUGCAACACAGCAAGAAACAGACACUGAGAUUAGCACAGAAACAUUAAACAAAUCGUCCCAGCCCAGCUCAAGUGUGCAGCCGGCACCAACAGAGCCAGCCAGCACCCCUAAGGAGAAGGAAGCUUCAGCUGAGAAAAGCAAAGAGAGUGUUACAGACCCAUCAGUGUAGCUUCUGAUCUGGAUCUUUC